CAGAAACCACCGAGACACCAUAUGCUGGAAUGGGCGAUAAAACAUCACCAAUCUUCUUUGAGAGAAGGCCAUGUUGAAGUUGAUCAGUGGAAAGGGCAUUCAAUUGGGGUCAAUCGGUGCCGAAUGAAGAUGGGUUUGAUCCUCACUGGUGUAGGUGACAAGGUUAUGCGUCUCUGGUCAGCUGAAAGCUACAAAUGCCUUGGAGAAUAUGCUAUUCCACAUGCAGUUUCUUUAAUUGAUUAUGAUUUUGACGAAAGCAAGAUUGUUGGCUUGAUUGGCACUCGCAUAAGCAUAUGGAGGCGUGGGGGCCAGAGAAGCAUAUUUCCCUCCCGUGAAGGAACGUUUCCAAAGGGUUUGUGUCUGCGUUACCUCGAUCCUGAGGCAGUUGUUGGAUGUGAGGAUGGUACUGUUCGUGUGUUUGACAUGUACAGUAGGAAAUGUUCUCGAAUCAUUAGGAUGCAUUCUGCCCCAGUGACCUGCUUAUCUUUGAGCGGUGAGCAGUUGAUUUUUAGUAGUUCCUCACUUGGCAGCAUCACAAUAUCAGGUCUUUCAUCCGAUGAGCGAGUAGCAACAUUGAGGCCGAAUGAUCGCAUAGGUGUAAAGGCAUUAUGUUUCAACCCUUGUUCGAGUUUAGUAUUUGCUGGAUGUGCUUCUGGAUAUGCAUCUUGUUGGGAUCUCAGGAAAAUGGGGCUUCUGUGGGAAAGACGAGUGAGCCCGAACGUGCUGUACUCGCUGGGACACAUGCAGAAUGACUCGUCGACGCUGGUUGUUGGUGGAAUAGACGGUGUGCUGCGCGUUUUGGAUCAAAGCACGGGCGAACUAGUCUCGAGUUACGUCAUGGACCAACUAGUAUCAUCAGCUUCUUCUUCUUCUUCUCUAGGAGGGAUAGAGAAAAGAAAGGGAAGGAGGCUCUCAGAAGAUGCUCGGAUCGACAUCAUUCCUAGAGCUGCUCGGCCUCCGAUCACGUGUUUGGCCGUGGGAAUGAAGAAAGUCGUCGCCACUCACAACGGAAAGCAAAUAAGAUUGUGGAAAUUUCACUAGAAACUGCACCUUCUUUGAGGAUCGUUCUUGUUUUCGUUUUUUCUUUGAACUUGUUGUGGAGAAAAGAAGA